AUGGCUUCCUCCGCUCUCACUAAUUUUCACCAGAAAAUGCAACAACUCCGCGUCGAGGCGGAUGAGGAGGCCGCAAGAUCUACCGAGCUAAAAGCACAACUCAAGAAAUUGGAAGAAGAGAAUCUCUCAAAGGAACAAGAAAUCAAGUCCCUAACCCACCGCAAUCAACUCCUGGAGAGUGAGGUUGAGAAACUCGAAACUGCGCUCAAGGAGGCAAAGACUGCUGCUGGUGAUUCUUCUCAACACAGUCAACAGAAUGAAUCUCUCACCCGACGACUUCAACUGCUCGAGGAGGAGGCUGAAACUGCUGACAAGACUUUGAGAGAGACAAACGACAAGCUCCGACAGACCGACGUCAAAGCAGGCCACUACGAACGCAAAGUCCAAGCCCUUGAACAGGAGCGGGAUGAAUGGGAAAGCAAGUACGAAGAGAUGUCCAAGAAACACGCCAAGCUGCAGACAGAACUCAACGAGUUGGAGCAGAGCAUGGGCAGCAUCUGA